UCUUACAGAGAACUCAUCACGAACUCGAGCCGGCUGCAAUCGCUGGGCUACACGCUGAUCUCAAGCCCUGUUUUUAAGUCAUGAGUCAUGAUACGUUUAUGGAAAAUUUUGCUUACUGACGUCAGCGAUAAGGCAAGUACUGAAAGCCUAUUUAUAUACCUUGUGAAUAAGUGUGAUGAUGACAAGCAUUCAUUGGCGGAAAGAGUGAUGGCAAACUCCCAAUCCCAAUCCCAAUCCCAGUGCUGUGAUAAUCCACCCACAUUGAACCCCUCCGCCGGCCAUGGUUCCGUCGUCGAGAACCUCGGAGGACUCAAGGCCUACACUGCCGGCUCCCCGGAAUCCAAACUCGCUGUGCUACUUGUUUCCGAUGUUUACGGUUUUGAAGCACCAAAUUUAAGGAAACUGGCUGGUUAAAGGUUAGUGAACAUA